GACGUGUAGUAUACCCGUUGCCCUCCCUCCUUCCUUCGUUCCUCCCACGGCGACACACCACGCGUCGCCGACCACCGCCACCGAAUCGCCGCUUCCCAUCAUCAUAGACUAUCGAGGCGUCGUCACACGGCCCGCUCUUCCAUCAGGGCGCGUCCACCGGCCAAGCCGCCCUGACCCCCGGCGCAUUCUCCUCUCGGUGCCGACUGCCGAGAUCUCCCCGGCCCUCUCCCGAGAGGAGUGCCCGCUCUUGACCCGACGUCCGCGAUGACGGUGGCGGCGCUGCAGGCGAUGGACGCGCUGUCGCGGCGGGCGACCAUGCUGCGGGACUCUCUGCGGCGAAGCCAGGGGAACACGGACGGCAUGGUCACCAUCCUCGGCUCCUUCGACCACCGCCUCUCCGCGCUCGAGGCCGCAAUGCGCCCCACCCAGGUGAGGACGCACGCGAUCCGGACGGCGCAUGAGAAUAUCGACCGGACCAUCAAGGCCGCCGACGGCAUCCUCUCCCAGUUCGAUCUCGCUCGCCGGGCUGAGGCAACAAUAUUGAGGGGUCCCCAUGAGGAUUUGGAGAGCUACCUGGAGGCAGUGGAUGUGCUGAAAGGCAUUUCUCGCUUCUUUUCCUCAAACAAGAACUUCAAGAGUAGUGAAGGAGUUCUGAAUCAUGUCAACAAUCUGUUAGCUAAAUCUACUCUGAAGAUUGAAGAGGAAUUUAAGCAGCUGAUGAGUACAUACAGCAAACCUAUCGAGCCAGAUCGCCUGUUUGACUGUCUACCCAAGUCUCUUCGUCCAACAAAAGGUGACCACGAGACCGAUGGAGGCAGCCAUCAUCCAUCCAAAGGCUUGGAGGCUGCCGUAUACAGGACCCCAACAUUAAUUCCUCCCAGAAUAUUGCCUCUCAUGAAUGACAUAGCUCAGCAGUUGGUUCAGGCUGGAAAUCAGCAAACUUGCUAUAAAAUCUACAGAGAUUAUCGUGCUUCAGCACUAGAGGUGAGCCUUCGGAAGUUAGGAGUGGAAAAACUUACUAAAGAUGAUGUACAAAAAAUGCAAUGGGAGGCUUUGGAGGCUAAAAUUGGAAACUGGAUACAUUUUAUGCGAAUCGCGGUCAAAUUAUUACUAGCAGGAGAAAGAAAAAUCUGUGAUCAGAUUUUUGAUGGUGUGAAUUUUAACAAAGGCCAUUGUUUUGCUGAACUCACAGCAAAUAGUAUUAUAACUCUUUUCAGCUUUGGAGAUGCUGUUGCUAAAAGCAAAAGGUCUCCUGAAAAGCUGUUUGUGUUGCUUGACAUGUAUGAAGUAAUGCGUGAACUUCAACCAGAGAUCGAUGAAAUAUUUGAAGGCAAACCUUGCACUGAGAUGCGGGAAGCUGCAUCAAGCUUAACAAAGCGCUUGGCGCAGACUGCCCAGGAAACAUUUGCAGAUUUUGAGGAGGCAGUUGAAAAAGAUGCUUCAAAAACUAUUGUUCAGGAUGGAACAGUCCAUCCUUUGACUAGCUAUGUGAUCAAUUAUGUCAAAUUCCUAUUCGAUUACCAGUCAACAUUGAAGCUACUGUUUCAGGAAUUUGAUAGUGGCACUGAGGCAGAAUCUCAGCUUGCUGCAGUUACCACAAGGAUAAUGCAGGCCCUACAGAAUAACCUAGAUGGGAAAUCUAAACAAUAUAAGGAUCCUGCAUUGACACACUUGUUUCUUAUGAACAACAUCCACUAUAUGGUUAGAUCUGUUCGCAGAUCAGAAGCAAAAGAUAUACUUGGUGAUGACUGGAUUCAGAGGCAUCGCAGGAUUGUGCAGCAAAAUGCCAAUCAAUAUAAACGUGUUGCUUGGGCAAAGAUUCUUCAGACACUUUCUGUUCAAGGUGCGGGCAGCGGGGGUGACCUUACCAGCAGUAGUGUUUCAAGAGCCACAAUCAAAGAACGGUUUAAGUCUUUCAAUACACAAUUCGAAGAGCUUCACGCGAAGCAAUCACAAUGGAUCGUACCUGAUCAAGAACUACGAGAAUCCUUGAGGCUCGCUGUAGCCGAAGUCCUGUUGCCAGCCUACCGAUCUUUUAUCAAACGCUUUGGCAAUCUUGUGGACAACAACAAGAACCCGCAGAAGUACGUGCGGUACAGCCCAGAAGCAGUGGACCAACUUCUAGGCCAGUUCUUCGAAGGGCAGCAAUGGGCGGAGCAAAAGCGCUGAGCAACAUAGAGUGAGAGUGACGGCAUGAGUACAGCCAGAUGCCAGUAAGUUCAACAGCACAGAUUUCUUCCGAAGCAACCACCAGUUCCUUCUCGCACUACAUAUAAUAUAUAGUGACAUAAACGUCUGCUGUGCAGGCACUACCUAGUUUUCUUUUCUCAGAAAAAGCGCGCCUAAGUUUCUUUUCUCGCCAUUUGGGUGGCUGGAACGGAAAGCUAACGGCAAAAAAGUGUUGGUGGAACUUUCUUGCUGGAGGUUCCUAAACUUAUUAGUGUUGAUCUAUAAAAGGUAAAAGAACGAGACCUCUACGGUUGUGGCCUUGUGGGUUCACAAUCAGCAGUUCCAACACCAAGGACUAGUUUGAUAAUUCCAUUUUUCCAAAGGAUUUUCAUUUUUCAAGGGAAAUUCAUUCAUUUUUCCUUAGGAAAACGGGAAUCCCUUAGAAAAAUAUAGUAACUUUUUUUUGGGUGCCGUAGAAGUAUUGUUUUCAUCAGUAUAGAACCAUAUGUUGCAAUAAAAUUGUUCCUUAAAGAU